CCCAGUCAACCGGCUAUUUCGAGCUGCAGCUGAUCUCCGUGGAGAAUGUAAACGGCGAGUUGGCGGACCGGAGAGUGCUGCGACGGCUCAGGAGCUCCCAGGACCUGCGCUGCACUCGAGACGAGUGCGACACUUACUUCAAUAUCUGCCUGAAGGAGUUCCAGACAGAGGUCAACACCAACGGGGUGUGCACGUUCGGAUCUGGAUCUACGCAAGUUCUCGGUGGAAAUAUGUUUUCUUUUAAGGGCGCCCAAGAAUAACCCGAAAAAAUCGACGAGGCUGGCAAGAUAUUCAUCCCGUUCCAAUUUGCAUGGCCGCGGACAUACACGUUGAUCGUGGAGGCCUAUGACUCGGACAACGGCACACGAAACAAUGAACAGGAACUGCUGAUUGAACGCAGCACUCACACUGGUAUGAUCAACCCCGGUGACCCCUGGCAGACCAUCCUGCACGACGGGCCGGUUGCUCGCCUCAUCUACCGCAUCAGAGUGCGCUGUGAUGAAAACUACUACAGCAGCAAGUGCAACAAGCUGUGCAGCCCCCGAAACGACUACUUCGGUCACUACCGCUGCGAGGCCUCAGGAAACCGGGUGUGCCUGGACGGCUGGAUGGGCACAGACUGCGGGACAGCGAUCUGCAAGCAGGGCUGCAACCUGUUACACGGCGUCUGCUCUGUCCCAGGAGAGUGCAAGUGUAACUAUGGCUGGCAGGGCCAAUUCUGUGAUGAAUGUGUGCUGUAUCCCGGCUGUGUCCAUGGGACCUGCAACAUGCCGUGGCAGUGUAACUGUGAGAGGAACUGGGGAGGCCUGCUGUGUGAUAAAGAUCUGAACUACUGCGGUCGACACCAGCCGUGCGUUAACGGAGGAACCUGCAUGAACACCGAACCAGACGAGUACUUCUGUGCCUGUCCACAGGGAUACUCUGGGAAGACCUGCCACAUAGCCGAGCACGCCUGUGCGUCUGAUCCCUGCGCUAACGGUGGAACGUGUCACGAAGUCGACGAAGGGUUCGAGUGCCAGUGUCCUCCAGGCUGGGAGGGUCCCACCUGUGCCAACAACUUGGACGAGUGUGCCUCCAACCCCUGCGCCCGGGGAGGGACCUGUAUUGACCUGGAGGAUGGCUACGAGUGUGUGUGUCCUCCUCAGUGGGAGGGAAAGACAUGCCAGAUAGAUAUCAAAGGCUGCCAUGGUCAGUGCAAGAAUGGAGCAACAUGCACAGAGGGCUCGAGGGGAUACCACUGCCAGUGCCCACCAGGUUUUGUUGGCAUUCACUGCGAGAUCCAGAGAAAUAAGUGUGAGAGCAAACCGUGCCAGAACGGAGGGCAGUGUCAUGCGGUGCUGGACGGUUUUGUGUGCCAGUGCCCGCCAGAGUUCGCUGGACAGCUGUGUGAGAUCUCUAGCUGGUCCCCCUCUGAUGCCUGUGAUCCAAACCCUUGUGAGAACGGCGCAAACUGUCACAGCAUGGAGCAGGACUUCUACUGCGCCUGUCCCGAAGGCUACGAGGGAAAGACGUGUGAGCGACUCAAAGACGACUGCCAAACAACACUGUGUCAAGUGAUUGACAGCUGCACUGUUGCUAUAGCAACCAACGACUCAGCCGGAGUGCGACACAUCUCUUCAAACGUCUGUGGCCCGCGAGGACGUUGCAUUAGCCAGCCGGGCGGAAACUUCACCUGUGUGUGUGACCCGGGAUUUAACGGUGUCUACUGUCAUGAGAACAUUAACGACUGUAUCAACAACCCCUGUGGAAACGGAGGGACCUGCAUCGAUGGAGUGAACUCAUUUCAGUGCUUCUGCCCUGACGGCUGGGAGGGUCGACUCUGUGACCUCAAUGUGAACGAGUGCAGACACAACCCGUGUAAGAACGGCGGACGCUGUGUGGACCUGGUGAACGACUUCUACUGCGAGUGUGCCGACAACUGGAAGGGCAAGACCUGCCAUUCCAGUGAGAGCCAGUGUGACCCGACCACCUGCAGUAAUGGAGGCACCUGCUUCGACCAUGGAGAUGUGUUCCGCUGUGCUUGCCCACCUGGCUGGGGAGGAAACACAUGUAACACAGCUAAGAACAGCACAUGUGCCUCCAGCCCGUGUUCUAAUGGUGGCACCUGUGUGGGAGGAGGAGACACCUUCACCUGCAUCUGUAAGGAGGGCUGGGAAGGUCCCACCUGUGGCCAAAAUAUAAAUGACUGCAACCCUCAUCCAUGUUACAACGGCGGGAUCUGUGUGGAUGGAGUCAACUGGUUUCGAUGUGAGUGUGCUCCUGGCUUUGCUGGACCAGACUGCAGAAUCAACAUAAACGAGUGCCAGUCUUCACCCUGUGCCUACGGUUCCACCUGCGUGGACGAGAUCAACGGUUUCCGCUGCAUCUGUCCGCUUGGCAGAACAGGAGCUCGAUGCCAAGAGUUCAUAGGUAUUGGGAGAACUUGUCACUAUGCCGGGCUGCAGUUUCCUCACAGCAGCCGCUGGGAGGAAGAGUGCAACAGCUGCCAUUGCAUCAAUGGCAAAGUUGAGUGCACAAAGGUGCUGUGCGGCCGUCGCCCAUGCCAGCUGAAGCCAUCAGGCCAGGAUCAGAGACAUCAGUCCUGCCCGGCUGGACGAGAGUGUGUGGAGCACAGCUACCUCACCUGCUUCUCCCCACCUUGCCAUGAAUGGGGCGUUUGUUCCGUGGCUGGCCGCUCACCUCCACUAGCGACCACAAAGUGCCAGCCCAACAGCGGGCAUUUGGACAACAGCUGUGGCCGCAUAACACUUGUGUUCAACAGAGACAAAGUACCAACAGGAACAACGGUGGAGAACAUCUGCUAUGAGCUGAGGUAUCUCCCUGACACCAGAAGCCUGGCAAAAAAACACAGCCUUCUCCUGCUCUGUGACCUCUCUCAUUCUAACCAGGAUGCUGUGGAAGUGGCUAUUUCUUUCCAGCCAGAGGAUCUACCAGACCAUAGUAUGAUCCAGCAGGCAGCCACUGCCAUAGUGGGCACCUUGUCCAAACGGCACAACAGUACCAUCAUGCUUGCAGUCAUUGAGGUCAAAGUGGAAACCCAAAUCAUGUCCCCCUCAGUGGAUUAUCUGGUGCCUCUACUUUGUGUGCUCUUUUGCUUGCUCUGCCUCUUCUGCAUCAUUGUGUGUGUCUGGUGGACGCGCAAACGGAGAAAAGAGCGUGAGAGGAACGUACGAUCAGCUGACAACAAUGUAAACAACCAGUGGGAGCCGCUUCGGCUGGUCGUAGGACGUGAGCAGCAGCAGCAGCUGAAAGAAAGCAACAGGGAAGCGGAGCAGGAGCGCAAAAAGCUCAUGGGCCCCUCCUGUCGGACGUGUGAUGAUGGGGAGGAGGAGGAUGAGGAGGAGGAGACGGAAUGCGAGCUUGUGCUCGAGGAGGAGGAGGAGGACUGUGGUGGAGCAGAGGCGGGAAAGCAGCAAGUUUAUAAGUACUCUGAGACUGCAGUGCAGUCCAGUGAGGGAGUGAUCUGUACCCUGCACAGCUCCAGUUCACCCCUCAAAGCGCCUCACCGGACCCCCGGCUACAGCCCCAAAGACAACCGCUGGAAAAAUGUCCGUGCAGCCUUGACAGGUCAGAAAGACCUCAGAGACCAUUGUGUAUAAGAAAUUUAAAUAAAAGACUCGCAAUGUGGAAGUGAGAUACGCAAGAGAAGCUGCUAGGCAGCGACUAUUCUUAUUUUUGGACUACUUUUGAGAAGAAAAAGAGGCUUUCUGUUUUUAUAAGCCAUUCUUUGCUUUGUUUUCAUGUUUCAGUCACUGUCGCCUGAAAUGAUUUUUGAUUCAGGAGGCUAGAGCACAGUGAGCAUCCUUGUUUUUGCUUCUGUUCACUUUUUUUUUUUAGUGUGUACAGAGAGAGCUGAAAUUAAACAUUUUUUCAGGAGACAAGAGAAGCUCUCUGCGAUUUUUGUUUAUGGAAUUAUACCGUUAAAGAAACAAUGAAUCUUUGAAACAGAGAAAGAGAACGACCUGUAUAAAGAUUUUUUUUCUGGCUUACAGAUGAUUAUGAUUUUGUUAAAUUGUCAGCAGGCUCCUGUUUAGUGUCUGUGGCGGGGGGGAGCAGACACACAAAAGAGACGGUAAAGGAAGGGUUUGAGGGAAAAGGACUGUUGCAGCCACAGUAACAGAGGAAACCCUGCCUUUGCUCUGUCUCUCCCACCUGUGGCCGUCAUGCGCCAGCCUUACCAAAACAUUUGGCCUGGAGGGGAGAGGGGACAGAAACCCCAGUGCCUACUAUGUGGCCUUCCAUUUUUUUUCUCCUGUCUCUCAGUUGUCUUGGCUGAAAGCUCUGUUUGAGGAUUUUUUGCAGUAUUUGAGUUGGUAGCAAGUGCCUUUCUAAGAGCCGUGUCGAGGCUUCAAGUCGCGCUGCCCAGUUUGACCUCCUUGUUCUCAAAUCUCAAAGGGAUAUAAGUGUACAUUUAGAGAGUUCAAUUUCACAGCAACGCCAUUCAAGGUAUUUGAUCCAAACAGAAAUUAAUGCUCUGUACAUAUGUGUAAAUACUAAAGGAGUCGCUGUGUAUAUUUGAAAGUAACUUAAAGACAAGUCACACAUUUUUAUUAUUAUUAUUAUUGUUAUUAUUAUUAUGAUUAAUAUUAUUUUUAUUUUUUUUACAAUGCCAUUCCUUUUAUUUAUGCCAGUCAAAAUAGGCGCGUUUUAUAACACUUCAUAUCCAGAGUCCCACGGUUAAGAAUCUUUACACUGAGGUACCACCUAUAAAGGAAUUUCUGAAGGGUUUUGUAAAUGGUUUGUCAUCAAAGAAACAUUGAUGUAUUUAUUUUUUGCUCCAUUGAACAGCUUUUAAGUUACACUGAAUAAAUAAAUGAUCUUUUUUUUUUUACUUCAGUUUCUUCACUUAAAUCCAACUCUCACCAAACGGAUCAAAAUCGUUGCUACAUGGUGUAGCACUGCUGUGUUCAGUUUCAGUAUUUACACUUUGAUUCUACUAGAACAAGAACACUUACCUUUUUUUGUCCAAGUCAGCUGCACUUUGAUGGAUGAAAUUAUAAUCUGCAAAUAAAUUCAUAAUUCUUUCAUCUUCAUUUUCUCCAUUGAAGAAAAAAAAAACCUGUUUAGGGAGAUGUAAAAUGUUUAAAAUGUGUUCUUAGUCUGUCAUUAUGGCAUUGCCAAACACUACAGUUUCUUUUAACCAGCUUAUAUCUGAAGGAGUCAAAACUGUGUCGAAUCGGGCAGGAAACACUGUCUUCGGUGAUACCUUUUUAUGUGUCCUGCCUAACGAGAACACCAGUGACAUCACAAAUAGGGGCGUGGUCAGAAUUUCAACAUACAGUAAAAUCUGCUGACAGUAGAUGGUAAAAUAGCCAUCUACUCCUCCUCUAUCUGACCCAGUGAUGACUUAACCUUGUCCCUUAAGUUGUUUUUAACUCACUUUUUCUCAAAGAAAUCAGAUAUUUGUUGUUGAAUUGGGAUUUGGUUAAAAAUCAAACCGCUCCAGUACAUUUUUGGCAGGAAGUGAUCCAAACCUGCCCACCCUCUAGCCUUAAAAAGUUCUCAAACCAUUUCUAAACCCAUCACAAACCCUUUAGUUUCAGGUGCCUUACUGUAAUACAUAAUUUGUGUAAUCAAUGGUCAUCUUUUUUAUGUUGUUGGUUUGUUUUCACUAUUAAGGAAAGUAACUCUUUAAAACAGUGUGUGGUGUAUAGUGGCGUGUUUUAUUCGCCUGAGUAAAGUGCUCUCCUUGUCUCACUUUGCUAUCAUGGAGAUUUGUGGAAUAAAACACUCGAUGGAGGUUUGAAAAAAGAAAAAAAGAACAGCAACCGUGGCUCUCUUGAGAGUCAUGACUGUGGAUGUCAGUAGGUCAAAUCAUGUUUGGUUCAAAGGCUUUAAUGAAGGGAACAAUGUUUGCAAAUGUUUUUGCUACCAUGCAUAUGUGUUUUUUUAAGUUACCAACUCAGUUUCAAGUUUCCCCUUUUCAUAUCAUGUCAUUGUCUCAAAACGCCAUCAUAUUUUCUGUAAAUGGGACAUCGCAAAAUAAAGAAUUAAAGAUGCAUCACUGCUGGUGUUAUAAGCUAAAUAUGCAUAUUGUAUACAUUUUAUUCUACAAGGGACAUUGAGUUAAUUUUAUACAAAGUGCAAAGGUUUCCAUUCUUUUAGUGGAUGUUUCAUUGUUCUAAAUAAUCAUCCCAGUUAUUUAUUAAAGCAGUUUUGACACA